AUGUACAUUCCUUUGAAACGAGAUUCAUCCUUGUCAAAGAAGAAUGAGAUCUUCAUUAUUAUCUUUGUGGCUAUUAUAUUCCCUCUCACUUUGUGUGCGAUCGGAGUCUUCCUAGCCCGAUACCUGAGGCAACGAUACUAUGAACCAAAGUAUAUUCCCGGCCAGUUUCUUAAAAAAAAAUGGAGGCUAUGGACACCAGGGAGUGCCUCAUAUGGUCAUGUUCCGACUCAGCCGACUGUCACUCGAACUCGCGAUACCUCAUACCGGGGAGCGGGGAGAUCCAAUCCAGAAAUGUCCACUACCAGUGGUGUUCAGCGUGAUACCUCGGUCCGAUCUGUCAUGACCUUGCCAUCCUACUCAGCGAGUCCAAAUCCAACGGAACAAAUUAUAGGUCGAGAGGGAGAACGCGCAGGCAUGGACAUGGUUGUGGAGUUUCCUGAAACAGUCGAAGAAGAAGAAACUCGCCGGGAGGAGCAGAUGGAUGCCUUGUAUCAAAUUCGUGUACAGCGUCGCCAACAGGUUGCCGACCGUGAGGCACGCCGCCAAGAACGAAGAGAUGCACGAGCACGAGGGGAUGCGUUGCGUAUGGACCUGCUCAACAGAGAAUCCCGUCAUGGCCGCGUGGGCAGACCCAGUGCGGCUGCCAUCAUAGCCGAACACCGGAAUCGUGAACGAAACCGCCGUAUUGCCAGUGUCAGUUAUGCUGAAAUCGGCCAUGUUCGACAUGAUGGAACACGUCUCCGAGCUGACUCGGACUCGGAUUCCCGCCCACUUCUACAAAGCGCAUCGUCCCCAUCUUUGGAGGACCCACUAACCCUACAACUGACACAACAAUCCUCCUUUGCAUCCUCUACCCGAACCACAGAAACAUACGCGGGUGGAACUGAACUCGACCCGCUGGUCUUGGCCCCAACAGCCACUCAUGAGUCUGCACUGUCUAGUCGAUCGAUCUUACAAAUUGAAGAAGAUCUUGGAGCACAGGAGAUUCCUCCUCCAGAGUAUGAUCAUCUCGAUUGGGGUGAUGCCCCCGCAUAUGAGAGCCCAGAAGGCCCAGAACGUGAAAGUCUAGAAAUUCCAGAAGACUCAGAAAACACACAAGUCCCCGAAAGCCCAUUCCAAGGCCGAAACCGAGAACCAAGGCCGCUAUCUGAAACACCUUUACCCUCUCUCUCAUUACCUUCUAUCCAUAUCGAGGUAGCCAGUCCUGUGCUAUCUCCGCUCACUCCUACCGUCUCCAAUACAGACAUGGAUCAAGAGCCGACUACAUCGAAUUCACCUCUUCAAUCAUCAGCCGCCGAACACAUUCCUGUUUCACCAUAA